CGACACGACAUCGGCCAUACUUCGGAUCCCUCGCUGUUCUCUCCCGUUCUCCGAGAGAAUUCCAAUUUCUAGGGUAUUUUUAGCUCCAGUAACCUGAUUAAAAGAAAAGGAAAAAAAACCCCCAAGAUUUUGUAUCAGAGAUGGCGAUCUAAGAGCUUCGAUCGCCUUCUACAAUGGAGGAGGGUUAUACCAGUCUCCCUUCGAGCCAUUUGCUCGGCUCAGUUCCCGCUGUGAUUACUGAAGAGAAAAAGCCGACUACAAGUGAAAUUUGCUGUGUUGGUUGUCUAGGAGGUGCCGCUCCAAAUGCAAAAUUGCAAAUCUUUCCGCCCAACAACGGAGGUUAUCAAUCCCCUGGGACCCCGUACGAUGGAGGUGAACAAACAACAAGCAAUUGGAAGGGGUUCUUUAGCAUUUCAUCCUACCAGCCAUAUUUCAAUGUUGAUAGUGAUAUUGUUGUUGAUAGGCUCAUUAGUUCUGUGUAUCCAACAAAUGAUUUCUAUAGAAAGAUUGACACAAAUCCUGAUAUGUAUGGCCCUGUUUGGAUCACUACAACAUUGGUAUUUAUAUUUGCUGCCCUUGGAAAUUGUGCUACUUAUCUGAUACACCAGAGAUAUGAACAAGAUGUAAUAUGGAGCUUUGAUGUCACAUAUGUGAAAUGGGCAGCAAGCAUUGUUUAUGGCUAUGCACUUCUUGUACCAGCUGCAUUUUACUUCUUGCUUCAGUAUUUGGGAACCAAUGCAAGUCUAAUACGUUUAUGGUGCAUGUGGGGAUAUUCUCUGUUCGUCUUUAUCCCAAGUUCUUUGCUGUUGGUCAUUCCUGUCGAGUUCAUCCGCUGGAUCAUCAUAAUUCUUGCCGGUACAGCAUCGUCAUGGUUCAUCUACGAGAACUUGAAGGUUUACACUGAGGAGAGCCAUGACCUCAUGGUGUUAGUUGCUAGUGCCUUGGUAUUGCAAUUUGCUCUAGCAAUUUUCGUCAAAGUUUUUUUCUUUGUAUGAAGUAAUGUUGAUGACUUGUCUGAGGCUACCUUUUUAUCAUCAUGUAUGAGGAAGCUUUGUGUCAUCCCUAAUCUGUAGCAUAUAUAUAUAUAUUUUGACGGUUUCCUCUUGAGAUUUCAGCUUACACAAAUAUUACGUAGUGUUGUGCCAAUUUUGUGAGAGAUAGCAACGUUGAGAUUGGAUGC